ACGGACACGGAUUUGACCUUCAAGAAUGGGUAAUAUGCGACUGCGGAACGUCCUUUUGGUCACACUGGUUUAUUUCAGCCUGUUUUUCUUGGGAACGGCAAAAGGAUUACCGACAGGAAGCAUGCCGACGCGCGAAGUGUGUAACACCACUGAGUGUCACGAAAGAGCAAAAUUUCUCCUGGAUAUUCUCGAUACCAAGUCUGAUCCAUGCAACGACUUCGACCAGUACGUUUGUAGGAAAUGGCUUGAGGCGCACCCCAUUCCUGCCGACCAGAGUUAUUACGGAGUGUUUACUCAACUUAGAGUAGAUCUCGAAACAGAACUAAAAGAUAUCCUUGGGAACGCCACGUUGUCUUUCCAGCCACCGGAAAACCCAAACAUAACGCACAAGAUACUGCGAGCGUACCAGUCGUGUAUCAAUGAGAAGAUAUCGGAAGAUGAAAGCACGGAGGCGCUACGAGGAAUAUUGAGUGAUGUGGGCAUCGCAAGAUGGCCCGUCUCGUAUACAGAUACCGACAUCCCUGACUGGAACGAGACGUUCACUAAACUCGUGGUAAAACUUGGUCUGGUGCCAGUAGUGAACCUGUUUGUGUUACAGGACUUGAGAAAUGUUACGAACUAUGCGCUACAGAUGGACCAGCACGUUUUUGGAACUGUUGGCCGCAACCAGUUUCUGAACCAGUCUAACCCGCACAACCACAAAAUAAUCCAAACAUAUAAGCAGUACAUCAUCAAUAUCACAACACUAAUGACAAACGGCACCACGGACCAGAAGGCUGCUCGGGCAUUGGCAGACGAAAUAGUUGACUUCGAAGUCCAGAUUGCAAACAGAACCCGAUCACAAGAAGCAAGGCGUAAUUAUAUUGCUAGGUACAAUAAAGUAACUGUGGGUGAACUGCAGAACGAUAAUCCGAAGUUUCCAUUGCUGGAGAUCGUAAAGAAUAUUUUCAAGACGAUCAACAUAAGUGUUGACGCAGAAGAACCCCUUAUUGUGUGGGAAACGGACUACUAUAAAUCAGUAUUCGACUUCCUCGGCACUGUCAACAGGUGA